AUGCCUUUGGCUCCAGCGGCUCCAGCUAAAGGGAAGGUUCUCCCGAAGGCAAGAGCAUCGGCCUCCUGGGAAGUGCUAUUGGACCAAACCUUCCGAGCUGUGUGUAAGCUUGGCCUGAGUUCCUUGAAUGGUCAUAAGUUUCACACGCUGAUCGCCGAAUGCAGUCGUUCAGAACACUGGCAUCAUGCCACAAUCUUAAUGGCCUGGAUGCAGUCUCGAAACUUGAAGAUCGACAUCGUGAUGUGCAGUGCAAUGAUGAAGACCUCUUCGCGUAUGCAGCGGUGGCAAGGGGCAGCAAGCAUUUUCCGUGACAUGGGGGACAGGGGCAUCUUACCAGAUUCAAUCAGUUUCGGCAUCCUCUUGAGUGCACACAAGAUGGAAUACGGCUGGAAGCGGUCGGCAGCCAUUCUGUCCACGAUGUUCGGGGCGAAUUUGCCAGCAAACCAAAUUUGCUUACAUUCUGCCGCUAUGUCCUCUGCGGCAUCUGGACAAUGGCAGGCUGCGCUGACCUUCCUGGUUUCGCCAUUCGCGGGCUUUUCCAGGAGAGAUCAGACAAGCUUCAACGGGUUGAUCUUGUGCUGCGAGCGUGGUGGCUUGUGGAUGUCAGCCACGUGGUUGUUGAGCAAGCUUGCGGCAUGGAGAUGUGCCCCGGACGAUUUCGGAGCCACUUCUUGCAUAGCCGCCUGUGGGAAGCGUAUGGAAUGGAAGACGGCUAUGGCGAUCCUGGACUCCCCGGCGGGUGUAAGUAUUGACACCGUCAUGUGUAAUGCUGCGUUGGAUGCCUACUCUCGGAUGGGUAAGUGGUUCUGGGCGUCUACCUUGUUCCGAAAGAUGUGCAGCUUACGCUCGUCCGUUGCAGAGCCCGACGAGAUCAGUUCCAGCACACUGCUCGCUGCAUGUGAGACGGCCUCCCUGUGGAAACCGCAGCUCGACAUCCUGAGUCUAUGUAGGAAUGCCAGACUGCCCUUGAGAGUUGGAGCAUUCAACAUUGCUCUUCGCUCGGGCCUCGAUGGUAUGAAAUGGGGCUGGUCCUGGUCGCUUCAAAUGCUGGAAGACAUGCAGAUGGGGACAAGCGGAGUUGAUGCCGGAAGCUUGAAAUCUACUGCGCAAGUAUGCGCGGCAAGCCGCAGCUGGCAGCACAGUAUCGCUCUUUGCUCGCAGGGGAGAUACGAGGAUAUGGAUGUCAGAGCUUUCGUUGCCACAACACUGCCGGAAUCUUCAAAGUGGCAAGUGGGAUUGAAUGUCCAUGCGCGGUCUGCAGAAUCGGUGCUUCCGGCAUACGUGUGGUUGACGGCUGUAGGGCUGGUCGGUUCAUCCUGGAGACUGCGACUUCGGACAAAGCUUGGUUGCAGCUCCGCUAUCAGCUGUUGUGGAAAGGCGCAAGCAUGGCUGGAAGCUCUCUGCAUUCUCAGAGCUGCGAGUGUGGGUCUGCGAAUCGACAUCGCUGUGUUGAACAGUGCCGGAACAGCCGCUGGGAGUGGUCGGGCGUGGCAGCUUGGAAUUUCCCUGUGGGAUUGCAUGCAGCGGAUUGCACUCUCAAAGGACAGCUUCAGCAUGACUGCUGUACUCGGCUGCGUGGCUCCAGUUGCAAAGUGGGAGCUCGGCUUGAACUUGCGAAGGAACUUCGGCAGUGAAAGCUGUGGUCAGACUGAACUCAGCGCGAUGAUAAGCUGCUGCGACGCUGGCCAAGAGUGGCUGACUGCUCUCCACCUCCUGAGUACAGCUCCUGCUGCAGCUCUCGCAAGCUUCAGUGCUGCUGUGAGUGCAUGUGGAAAGCAGACGGAGUGGCAACCGGCCUCGCUGCUUCUGCAUGGAGCUGCAAGUCUGGCACUUCGGUCAGACGUCUUGAUCUAUGAUGCUGCCAUGGCCGCGUGCGCUGCAGCAGAAUCCAAUCCUGCCUGCUCUUCGGCAGCAUCACGCUCGGGUGAUCGUUGGGCUCUCGGAAGUCGUUUGCUUACCCUCAUGUCUGACAGCUGGAUAGCUGCAUCGGCGUUCAGUGCAACUGGCGCGAUGACGACCUUCGUCAGAGCUGUUCAGUGGAACCUGGGGGUAAUGUUCCUUGCAGAGAUGUUGCAGAUGCAUGUGAUCACAAGCACAUGUGCCGACCAAAGCAGCCGUUCAACGCUCCACAACGCUGCCAUCAGUGCAUGUGAGAAGGCUGGAGAAUGGCAGAUCGGGUGCCUGCUGCUGGACAAGGCCGAGAUCAACAAUUCGUCUCACAGGAUCGGCUAUCAUGCAGGCAUCAGCGCACUAGAAAAAGGCGGCCAGUGGAAGCGGGCAUUCCAGAUGCUGCACCGAAUGCAGCUUUGCAGGUUCGCUGCCGAUCUCACUGGCCUCAAUGCGGCAAUCAGUUCAAUCCAACGAGCAAGAGAGUGGUGCCACGCAAGCACGGCGCUGGACAUUGCCAGCAGCAAAGCACUUUGGGAUGAAAUCACACUAAGCACAGUCAUCAGUGCGUGUGAAAAGUCUGGCAGAUGGCAACAAGCUCUUGGACUGAUGUUGCGAGCUCCAUCUUGCCGUGCUCCCGUUGGUCAAAUCAUGAUGAAUGCGGCCGUCAGUGCCUGUGAAAAGGGGGAAAUGAGACGAUCUAGAGUGGACGUCUUUGCACCUUCUGAUCACUCUGAGCAGAGCCGAGUGUUAUCGCGAUGA